UUGGAUAAUGAAAGACGUGGUGUUUUAUCGCGUGCUAUUGGCAGAGUUUCUUGUGUUGAUUCAACUGGAACAAAAAUAAUAUUAGAUGAUCAUGUUCAAGUUAUUGAUUCGAAUGAAGUAUCGGAUUAUCUAACACCAUUCAGUGGAAUCAAAUCAGAUGAUUUGGAUGCGCAAAAAUCGACUAAAUAUUUGACAACAUUGAAACGUGUCUAUUUGAAAAUAUUGAUUCUUGUUCAACGUGGAUGCAUUUUCGUUGGCCACGCACUCAAUAAUGAUUUUUUUUUUUGCCAAAAUUUGGGGGAAAAUUUUCAGAAAUUUGAAAAAUGUUACGUGGCAAUUUGAAUUUAAAAAAAAUAAAUUUUGCAAAAUUUUAGAAUUAAAAAAACGUGAAAUGACGUGGCAAUUAGGAUUUUCUAAUUGCAAAAAACAUUGCAGGUCUACUAAACGCCGAAAUGCGUCGAAUCUACGACAUUGUGCCAAAUGGCGGCGGAGCAUCGCCAAUGAAAAGCGUCUCACCGGCAAAUUCAAUGCCCGAUGGAAAAUGUAUAUAA